AUGCGGCACCUAACAGUUGGCGAAGCCAUUGCUAAAAGUAACCAAACUUUCAAACAAAAUAGCACUUCAUAGCACCCUGAGUUACAAGUUUAAUGGGCUUUUGAUUCUAGGUUAUAUAUAUCCACACUGUUCAAUGAAUUCCUUAGUGUGAAUUGUUUACAUUGUUCCGCUAGAAGCGAAAUUAUUUUUUUGUACGCGUUGUCCAAUUUGUAAUUUCUUUACAUCAAUUUAUACCAACUGAUUUAUACAGUUAAUAACUUUGUUUUUGGACUGAUAUAGAUUUGGAAUGAUUUUACUGUACAAAAUUAGGUUGUUUUAAGAAAGGUGAAAUUUUAAGGAUGAAUUUUUAAGCUUACAUGUAUCCAGAAUUAGCAGAGUUAUACACAAUCCUUGCCCAUAUACAAUGUGGUAUUUUGAAGUGAAAAUCUUAUUAUAUUUACAUGUUCAAAAUAACAUCGAAUAUUUUGAAGACACUAUCUUACUCCUGUACAUCACAUUGUCCCUUAUUAGUAUUCUCGACAGGACUAUCACUAUAUUUUUCUCACUGGCAUAGUAGUUGGGCUGAGUUAAUCUUUUAUAAUGCAAAGAUCUCAUAUAAUAUUGUAUGGACCAAAUUCCAAAUGCAAGCACAAGAUCACUUAUUUGUUAUCUAGCUACUUGCAUUGUUUUGAGAUACCUAUAGCAAGACAAAGGCAACAACAAAGGCAUUGUUCAAGGUUUCUCUCCUGUGUUAUCAUGCCUAUUCCUAUUCAAGGUAUUUUACAUGAAACAAAGGGCUUGUAUUAUUUGUUUGGAUUUGCUUCUAAAAAGGAAAUGAUUAUUGUUUUGUUAUUCUCAUUUCAGGGAAACACUUAACUAUUUACCCCUUUGUGGGUGUUCUGAUGCUGAGUCAAGCCCCUUUGCUAUUACAGACCCUGCCACAUGUGACACACACCAUACUAGUAUUAACAAUUACUGCUUCUCCAGUAGAGUCGGUGGAGUUUACAUUCUUGGAAUUUUUGAUGCUGUACUUAAAUAAAGCACUUUGUGGAAGAUGCAAAAGGGAUUGUUUUGCUUUAAUGAGUAUCUUAUUUGCUAGUGUAUCAGGUUUGCUAUCAUCAUCAUCACUGUCAUCAUCAUCUGAGUUGUCACUAUCAUCAUAAAUCGCCGCCGUCAUCAUGAUCAUUGGUGGGAGGCGAGUGCUCUCACCAUUGUGCCAUCCCUUGCUCAUUAUUGUUCCUUAUGCUAAAAGUGUUUUAAAAAUGUUAAGCCAAACCUGGCAUAUAAUCUUCUUGUUGUAGUACCAUGUUGGCCAAUCACCAGCUAAGAGCAGUAGGUUCUUUUCCAUGUAUUCGCUUAGUGAUGGGCAAACUUCAUUGAGGUGCUGCAUUGCUUGUCUAUAAUUUGCCAUGCUCUUAAGGGACUGUUCAAAUUGGUCAACUAGCCAAGUGUUGGACAGCAAAUCCAAGUCAUGUCUGGCCUCAUCUGUAUACACUCUACAAGGUAUUUGUUAUUGUUUGUAUCAUGAAACAUUGUACAUGCUCUUUUUGGCACCCUUGAGCAACAUUUUUUGAAAGUCAAUUAUCCAUUCAAUAUUAAAUUUUCCAUUUCAAAUUCCUACAUUGUGAGACAAUGCAAAGUGGUAUGUGAAAAAAAAUUUAUGAUGGGCUGUAUGUAAAACUAGUUAUUGACAUUGGGAGUUCCCAAUUUCAUUUUUGAGGGGAAUUUAUAAUAAAGAUAUUUAUGGUGCCAGUUAAUUUUAAAAUUUAUGUGGCAUUGAUUUAUGCCAAAGUGUUAAAUUGCAUGAAAAGUUUGGAUGAAAUACAUUACUAAAAUCUAUUACUUAAAAGUAUUAUAUUAUUCUUUUUGUACAAGCUUGUGGCACCCAAUGACUAUUAGACCACUACCUUGACUUUUAGGUUUCUGAUUUGUUGUAAAUCAUACCUUAAUUCAACUAAACUUUUGUUUACAUUUGUCAGAUCAAACUGGCUGAAAUCAGCAGGUAGAGAGUCUAAAUAACUGAAUGUAAAAUAAUUUGACAAAUGCUCUUGAAACAACUCGUCCACUUUGUUGGCAUCAAUUCCUCCCCGGCAGUUAACAAUUGCACCCCCAGCAAUUCGGACAGGUACAACCUGGUGGACGUUUCUUGUUGUUGGCAUUGCCGGUAUAGAUUCUUGGUGAUCCACUACUCCAGUACACAUGUGAAGGCACUUGCUCAGCUGGCUCUGUUUGGGGUCUUUUAUAGACUGGACACAAUGAAAAUCAUCUAUAAUGAGCAGGAGGAAGUUGUUGUUCUGUUGGGGAGGAAAUUUUUAACUGGAUCAGUGUACAUCUAUGGACUGAUAAAUUAGAGUCAUUUUACUUAAACCGUGAAACAGGUAGAAGAAUACUACGCACCAUUAUGUAUUAAUUCCAUUGUCUUCUUUUGUUUACCUCUUGCUAUUUUGCACUCUUUGUUAAUAUCUGUUUCACGGUUCAAAUAAAAUCACUCUAUUUUUGUUGUUUUUGUCUCCUUGUUACAAGGUCCUUGUGCCUUCUAUUUAGCCCCUGCUUCUUUACAUCCAGCCACCUCACCUUGUGUCAACUUAUUGUUUUGGCCAGGGUGUUGUGCAGUGGCAGAUGUUUAAUAAUGAAUUGUUUCAGUAUGUAAAUACAUGUACCUUUAUGGCACUCUCAACGAUCGCUUGUGUCUUGUGAAUGCUUUUUCCAGACAAUCCUUUUUUUAUGAUUUAGCACACUUCUCGGGUGAGUGCUAAACCCCAGAAGUGAGCCAGCUGUCAAAGCAUCAUCACUGGCACCAUGAAAGGACAAGUGCAACCCACAAUCUUGUUGUAAGGGAUUGUUUUUCUGUUGAAAACAAACAAGCAACACUUAUGUCUAUUACACACCAUAGUGUUUAAUUUAAUUUAAGUGUCUUCCUAAAGUAUGGUUCCUGCUAUUAUUAUUAUUAUUAUUAAUAUUAUAGUCUAUUUUUUUUUUUAAAUCUAUGAAUAAAGUUUUGUUUUUAUUAUUAUUAAAUCAUUAUUACUAUUAUUAUUAUUACUAUUAUUAUUAUUAUCAUUAUCAUUACCAUUAUCAUUAUUAGUAUUAUUAUUUAUUUUAUUUUUUAUUAUUAUUAUACACACUUGGUUUCUAAAGUAAGACAGCUGAUGAAGCAGUGCCACAACUCGCAGUCUCAGUAUUUCAUGUCUUUUCUUAGAAAGCUGUUGUUUUUCAUCAUUCUUGACUAGACACAAGGCACGGUUGAACAAUCCUGGGGUGCACUUGUUGGCAAAUUUUUCCAUGUCUGCAGGGUCGUAUAGCCGCUGCCCUCCAUCCUUGUAAUGUUUAGUGAGACACUUGUGGAACGUUUUGAACUGCUCAUCAAAAGUUGGCUCUGAAAAUUAAUAAAAAAAUAUUUCUAUUAAAGGUUGAAACUAGUCGUCUUUGUUUUGAAUGUGUGGAAAUUAAGAGUAUGUCAAUACAAUACCUUCUAGCUUGUUGCAUCUUUCUUUUAAUGCUGCAUUUUCGCGCUGUAAUGUGGUGAUUAAUUGUUUUGCCUCUGCUAGCUCAUUAACACUCUGCAAAGGGGCGGUCUGAGAGGUUCCAUCCCUCCAAGUUAUUUUCUUUUCUGGGGUAGUACAUAGGACUGAAGUAGUACAUUUUGUCUACAAAUGUAUAGGGCAAAAUUUAAUGCAAAAUAUGAAUAUUUUCUAAAACAAAACUAAGAAUGUGUGAUCUGUUUCUGUACAUUUUGACUGUUGUUUGAGUGUAAAAGAAACAUACCUUUCUCGUAGUAGGGGGUUUGUAGAGAGCGUGGUUGGUAAAUAUGGGAGCUUCGUCCACGAGAUUUAGGUGGCCUGGGCAAAGAAAUGCGCCUCCUUGGUAGUUUUCAAGGUUUGUUGCCACGGUGAGAAUCCUCUGCGGACAUGGCAGUAAAUUGUUCCUUUGCGUGCAGGCAUUUUCACUCGGAAAACAGCACCUCCUUUGACUUUCCACUUGCAGUUUUUUUGCAUGACCAAAACAUAGCCAAACCGGCCUAGAGUAGCCACGUGAAACAGCCUCUUUUCCCGAAUAGUAAUUAGUGGCGACCCAACACUUUUCUGACACGCUUGUUAAUCUGGAGCCACGUUCACAAACAUUUUCCAUUAUUUAAUCAACUUUGGACGUUCUUUCCGCCGGAAACGCACGCAAAAAGACCGGAACCUGACAGUGAAGCGGUCGGUAACUAUUUUUGGACAUUUUUGAAGCUUUUUGAAGCGGGAAAAAACGAGCGGCGUCUCCAGUUUCAUUCAUAAUUUCGCGCGCAAAGCAUGAGGCCGGGAAGCUGGCGCCUACCAGUCAGUAAGUGGACACAAGCCGUAGGCGAAGAGUUUGAUGUUUACAAAUCUUUUCCUUUUUUUACUUGUCCAAGGAAAUAGAUUUUUGCGCUGCUAUCUACCUUCUAAGUGCAAGAGGAUCGAUCCUUUUAGAGGUAAGAUUGGCUGUACAUUUGUGGAAGCUUCUCACCGGCGAUUACGUUCGAGUGUUGUCACCGCGAGGGGGAUGCAAAAACAAAAAACAGCAAGCCACAGAAAAACGUACUGUUCGAUUUUUUUACGUAUUUCUUAUUUUGCUUCUUGGCUUUUGGCCUUUUGGUUGGUCGAAUUGUGAACCUUAAAUACUCCACCUGUUUCUUAUUUUUGCAAAUUGUUUAAGAGCUAUUGGUCGUAUGAUGUCUCUAUGAACUACACACUGUCCCGCGCAUUUUCAGCAAGCACCCUAAAGAGUAUUCCUAAUCUGAUUUCGCUACAACUCUUGACAUCGCCUGUCAAUGAGUUCUAGUUUGGGGAUAUCAGAUCAUAAUCACCGAACUAGUCAUGGUUAACUAUGUAUUUGGCUUCAAACUUUGCUCUUUUUUGUAGACUACUUGAUUCGUUGUAAGAUGGUCAGCGGAGAGCACAAACUGCCGCGAAAACGGCAACCAAUCAGCGGUUUUUCUGCCCUGCUACCCCGUUCUAGAAAACGCCUCUGA